AUGGGAAACUCUUUGAUUGAUCACAAAGGUAGGCUCAAUCAGAUGAAAUCUUUUGAGACUCAUAACACUGAGUAGGACAUUGGAGUCCGAUAAAAGCGAUUGUCGGAUAAUAAAUUAUUUAAGACCAUGCAUUACAAAAUGCACCAUUAGAAUUUAAUUGUCAAAGUGCACCUAAUACUCAAACAAUUGACGCAUUUUGAACUUUACACCCACUAUUAAAACUUUCAAUAUUUGAUUGAAAAACUUGAGCCUUAUCCAAAUCUAAUGGCAUUUCGUGGAUUAAUCAACUUUGGCAAAUUAGAAAAACCCUCUCCAUAAGAAAUGCAGAAUGAGUGUAAUAAAGACUAUUUGGCAGUCUCUCGUUAAAUAGAUUGCAAAUCCAAUUAUAAGCUACCCAAAUGCUUGUUGAAUUUCUACACUUUGCAAUUAUUGAGCGCUGUAAAAACCUUACAUCAACAGAACUUAUAUCAUGGACACAUACGCUCUUCGAACAUUUUACUCACCAGUUUGGAUUACCUUGUCUUAACAGACUUCGCCUCUUAUAAACCCUACUAUAGCAACAAAUUGGAAAUCAUCAGGAAUGUCUAUGAGUCGUCAAUUCAAAAAUGCACAUUGGCUCCAGAGAAAUAUGCAGAGACACAAGAUAUCCAAUACAUUCCCAAUCUCACCAAACAAUAAAUCAAUGACCUACAGAAGAUGGACAUGUUUUCAGUCGGAUGUGUCAUUUAUGAAAUCUAUACUGGUGAGAACCUAUUCACAUUUAAUUAACUGCUGCAAUACCUGAAGCCAGAUCAAGAACCCCUCAUUUCAGUUGAAGAUUUAGUUGGAGAUCUGAUUUGCAAUCUAAUCGAGAAAGAUCCCAAUAAGCGUUUCACAGCUGAAUAAGCAUUUAAUCAAUUUUAAGAUCAAAUUUGUGCUGAUGAAAUAUUUGAAUUGCUUCAAAAGGUAUGUUAUGCAAUCAAUUUCAAAGGCGAAUUUAUGCAUCCUGAUAUCAGAAUUCAAUUAUUUAGGUAGAUUAUAUCAUUGACUCAAUCCAAAUAAUGGAAUUAUGUUAUGCCAAUCCCUCUCUAGUUUGUUCCCUUGGAUGCAUUUAACGAAAUAGAAGUGGAAUCCAUAAGUCCAAACAAACGCACAAAAAUCUAAUUUAAUACUCCUCCAAGUAGUGAGAUAUUGGCAGGGUAGAUAGAGAAUUGUGAAAACUUGAUUGCUAAAGAUUAGAACAACAAUCAAAAUUCAGAAGACUAACUCAAAUCAAAAGGGAAUCUGAGGGGAUCUCCAAAUGUUAGUGAAUUGAUAUGCUGGAAAUCAAAGUAAUUCGAUCGGAAAUCUUUAUUGGAGAGUGUUAAGACAAAUAAUAAUUAGAGGCAAAAUGAGUACAUAAUUUUUAUACUCUGGAUAUUUAAUUCAAUGAGGAAUUGCAGAUUCUUACAAACAAGACUUUGUGGUUUAGAACUAGUGGAAUACCUGCUUGGAUUUAUUGAUGACUCCUCUAUGUAUAAAUUAAUCAUUCCUAAUUUGGGUUAAUUCAGUGAAGAUUAUGAAGGUUAGACUCAGUAUUAUGCAUUUUCAAUUCUGCUAGACCUUUUGAAAAGAUUGAACUAUCCUCAUAAUUGCUAAACUGAAGCUCUCAUCUUCAAAUUGUACAUUUGGGAACAAAUUAAAACCAGAAUGUAAGAUAUGAAUUAGAAUCCAAUGUUGGCCCUUAAGAUUGGAGACAUAGCAGAAGUCUUACACAUAUUCAAUAGAGCUGAGGAGAAGAAUCUCUUCAUACAAAUAAUAUAGAAGAAAUUACAAGAUGAGAAUUAGGAAUAAUGUAUCCUAUUGAUAUAGAAUAUUAAAAAUGUGUUAUAAUACUACGAUUAAUUCUAGACUAUUGAAAUCAUGAAGCUUCUGAUAGCUCAAUUGAAUAAAAUACAUCUAAAAAUUCCACUAUUGGAAGUUGGAUUUGAUCUGUUACAAUAUUAUGCCUAAACUGAUAUGAAGAAGACUCUAUUGACCUGUUUGUAAUUGAAUACAAGACAUGAACUAGCCCUCUUUCGGACUCUAAGAAUAAUAACAAAGGCUUCGGAAAAUUAACUAUUGGAAUUAGAUAAGAUCAAAUAGUUCAUAAAAGAAAUAUCUCCUUUGGUUUUGCAUCAUAAUCGAUGGGUAAGGGAGGAAGCCUAAAAAUUUAUAAUCAUUUAAUUGAGAAACUUCAACAGUCUGGAGAAUUAUUUACAUUUGCUCCCUUAUAUAAAGAAAUAUUUGAAAUAAGAUGUGCCCCAUUUGAACGAGGAGGUGUUUUCUUUCUUAGUGUAGAAGCCUGCAAGUUAAUCACUAUUUAUGAGCAAGAAUCAAGAGUUUAGUAACUUCUAGCCUUCGAGUGAAAGGGAAUAGUACAACUAUAACAAUUACUAACAAGAAUACAUCUUGAAAUCAAAGCCAAAUCAAGAGAUAUCAGCUUAAAAAUAGAAUAAUAAAUAGGUUUUACCAAUAACAAUGAUUAAGCGAAGGUUUGAUGAAUUUUUUGAUGCAGCAUGCAGGAUCAAAUUGUUAAAAUAAGGAUCUUUUCAUAUUUUCCAAGACUUUAUUGCCAAUGAAAGAGCUUUGGAAGAUCAGUCUAAUUUCAGCAAUGGUAACUUUGGAAUAUAUUUGAAAAAAUUUGAACAAUACGAAAAUUUCAAAAAGAAACACCUUGUGUAACAAUCCUUCAAAUCCAGCACUUAGUGUAUUAAUUAUCUUAAUUUUCACAUCAUCUUUAAUUCAUUUAUAUAGAAAUCAUAUCAAUUGCAUAAGCCUGAGCUUAAAUUUUAAAGGAGUAUCCAGCCCAAGAUAGUAAGACAAUUCAAGAUAAGAAAUCAAUUAGUUACCACUAUUUCAGAACACGAUGAUAUUGUGACUUCAUUGCAGAAACAUAGUGAUCAAAGAAGAUUUAUCUCUGGUUCUCAUGAUGGCACAAUUAGAUUUUUUGACAUGAAUAAGAUUUAAGAAGACUUUACUAGUGGGAGUAUACUAUAAAUCCCCAUUAAGAACGAGCAAAGGCAAAUUGAGAAGGUAACUGCUCUACGUUUUCUAGAGGGCACAGAGAGUUUCAUUGUGGGUACAAACUCUGGCUAAGUUAGUUAAUACAGGGCUGAUUUGAGAGUGACUACCUUCCCCUAAGCAGAUUCAGGAAUAAGGAGAAUAGUAGACUAUGACAAUGCCUUCUGUUAUGUCACUGAGAAAGGAUCUUUGGUUCUUGAGGAUAUCAGAUCUAGAAGUUCAUAAUACUUAGGUGUGAAUAAAAAAUGCGGUUUAGCAACUAGUUUAAUUCAUGACAAUUACAAGACUUUGUUAAGUACUCUUAAUGGUUAUUUAAUAUUAUAUGACAAUAGAUGCAUGAUGCUUAUGAAUAUCUAUCAAUUAGUAUCGAAGAAUGAUUAGCCAUUGCCCAUCUUCAAUAUGUGUGAGAUGAAUCGCAAUUCAUUACUAGAAGGUAUAAAUUCGAAUAGUGAUAAAUUGGUUGGGAUCGGUUAUCAAUCUCUGCAUAAUGAGGUUGCUUUCUUUGAUAUAAAAAUGAAUAGAAACUCAAUAAAUCCGUCCUUAUUUUUACAUUGCUCUCAGAAUAAGAAUGUGUAAAUGGAAAUGCCAAAACUGAAGUCAGUUCUAAAUGUUGAAUAGAUUGUAAAUGAAGUAAACAGAAUAGCAACCUACACUCAAUCGAAUGAUUAAACAAUCCAAAAAUUCAAUUUGAAUUUCUCCUCACUUUUUGUGAAGGAGCAAUUGCUGUAGAAUAUGUGGAAGAACUAUUUAGAUUGCUCAUUCCAAGACACAACCAAUGUAACUUCGAUGCUGUGUUUGAGUGGCAGAGGAUAUAACCAGAAACUAGAGAAUACCAUAAUCACAGCUUCUAAGGACAGAAGUGUUUAAAGUUGGACUUUGAAUAGCGAUGUUAAUAAUUCUGAAUUAGAAUUCCAAACUAAUGUGAUUUGCUCGCCCUACAACUCAAAUCGGAAAUACAAACAAUACAUGAAAGGCGAUGUCCUAAUCAUUGAGGAUCAUGAAAUUCGGAAUGCUCCCAAUAUUUCACAUUUCAUAGAACAUCAAGAUAGCAUAACUGACAUGAUCUAUUUGGAUAGUGAGAAUAGUUAUCUUCUUACUGCUAGUAAGGAUAAUACCAUCAAGAUAUGGAAGUGA